CAGACCAGUUCAAACUAUAACGGAUACCAAUUCGGCCGCUCCUACGGAAACGUCGCUUCCACACCGGCGUCUCCUUUUGGGUCAGCUGCAUCUCUAAAACCGAUCCGCUCGCCAACAUCCUAUUCCAAUUUCGGAAUCAGUUGCGGGCCCUCGAAUCUCAGACCAGUCAGCGAUUCACGACGAUCCAGUGUUGAUCGAGGCUCGCUAAACACGGGCACGGACUACACAACAUCUCUGUCCAGUUUAUCUAGCGGUCGCUAUCCAAGUAGUAGUCUUUCUAGUCGCGAAUCUGGUUCCGGUAGAUUUCUAAAUCACCUUAAACCUUCAACCAGUUACAGUAGAUCCAACAGCUCCAAACUUGCCUCCCAACCCCUACCGGAAGAUAAAAAUGAAUCGGGGGAAGCCGCGGGUAAAUAUUUUGUGGCUGUAAGCCGAGCAUGUUCCACUGAAGAGGAUCCCAGUUUACGAAACAAAAUCACAGGAAUUUCGGCAACAAAAACUGAAAAAAUGGAACGUCGAUUAGAUUACAGCUAUUUAACUAACGGCACUCAGACCACUGAUGAUAUUCUUCUACCAGCCACCAAAGGUUCGGCUGGUUCACCAACUUCAAAAAUCAACAUUCCACGUCGAUUGAAUAUUGGCGGACGAUAUUUAAACCAACUCUCAAAGCAAGAAAACGAACCACAAAGCCCUCAACCCGGACGAGGUGGUUGGCGAGAAUCUGUAUAUGGAGUUGAUUACUCUGCCAAAUUACGAGCACAAACCCAACCACCCGGUUCACCUUUGGUGACAGCCACAGCAACCACAGUGACUCCGGCAGCUACAGCUACAUCAAACUUGUCCGUCGCGGAACAACGCCGCCUAGAGCGCGAUCGGAUGUUGGAAGAGGAAUGGAAAAAUCAAAUUCAGUUGGAAAUUGAGCGUGAACGACGCCGACUAAGACAACUUGAAAGGAAAGCCAAAUGGGAAAAAGAUGAACAGAAAAAUUUGGAAUUGGAAGAAGAAAUAAAACGCCGUAGACAAGUGGCAGCUGAACUGGCAGAAAAAGAAGCUCAGUUGCGCCUAGAGGAACAGCGUAGAAAAGACUCAGUCGCUCGACGUGGAUUUGAACCACCCUCCUCCCAGGAUCCUAUCCAGAAAGUAAAUGACUGGAAACGACAAUAUUCACUCCACGAUGCGGACCCGCCAUCCGCAGGUGAAAUGAGUGGUUCGCAACUAUGGGACGUUGUUGAAAAACCUGAUGAGGCCGGUGUAGUCAAGCUGCGUGAAGGUGUGGUCCGAACACGGCCACAUUUGCGCAGAUCCGAGGCCUCACGUUAUUCACGUGAUUCCGAGGCCACAAUCCGACAGGACACAUUAACUUCCGAACAGAAAUACAACGGCCGACUUGGUGGCCUCGGUUCGCGGCGUCGAAGUUCUAUACUAGCAUCCGGUGUGAAUUCCUAUGCUACGCAACACACUGACAUUGACGACUUGUUGACAGAGAAGUUUGCCAACGCUACUGACGCUAACAGUGGGGCGGCCAAAAUUAACACCGAGAGUAGGGAUUAUUAUGCGGAUGGAAUCGGGGACUCGGAGGAAGAGGAAGAAGUAAAGCUAGUUUACAAAUCUUGGAAGUCAAAAGAGAUAUUCCAAAAAAUGACCACAGACGUGCAAAAUUUGCUCAUGAAGAGCCACAAACGACUGAUUAAUGUUCGCAUGUUGAUGGAAAUUUGCCGAAACAAAUAUCAUGACCGCCGAUUCACGGAUGCAGAGGAGAAAGCGUUUCGUGGAUACAAAACCGCAAACGAGCUGCUCAUCGAAUCUGGAAUCGAUGUGAAAAAAAUAUCUGUGGAUUCCUGCUACUUUGCUGAUGCUCCCGGACUUCGUUGCAAACCACUGUCCCUUUUUCGUAUGUGA